UAAUUUUACUAAUCAAUAUGGAGAGAAAGAUUAGAAAAUCAAAGACUUCCCAAAAUGUGAAAAAUCCUGCACCACAAGUAUUUCAUUCCCCUACCGAAAAAAACAAAAUUGUUCUUGGUGAAGCAUCUUCUAUCAAGAACCUCAACUUCAACUUGACUAGCUCCAACAGUGGAAAAUCUGAACAAUCAAAAAUUUCUAAAGAUUCUUUGCCGUCCAUAUCACGCCUAAAAGAAGCACCCUCAGAAAUCUAUGGAAUCAAGCAUAGUCCAAGCCAAGGAAGGUCUUUAAAACGCAAGGAUCAUCAUACAGAAAGCAAACUUCACUUGACUAAGCAGAGAAGCUCUCAGAGCUUCAAGGGCUUACCUAAGAUUCCUCAGAGACAGAGUCAGUCAGUUGAUCAAGCCAAGUUAAUUGCUCAGAUCAAGAAGAACUAUAGAGAGCUUGAUAGAGCGAACUCGGUAUAUGCAGAAGAACUUCAAAACUAUAUAGAAGUUCCGUCACCAGAGAUCAUGAUGAAGAUAGCAAACACAGAGGUGGAGAUCAGCAAACUGAAAUUCGAGAGGUCAGAGCUGAAAUUGAAAGUACUUUCCUUAAAUCACUAA